AUGGAUUUUGAAGAGCUUGGCCAGUUCAUUAAAGAUUCCGCAACUAUCGUGAAAGCCAGGGAGAAGGAAACAACACACGGGCUUAAUGCCGACUUUCAUGGGCUAAGUCAGUUUAUCGAGGAAGCAUAUAGUAAGAAAGAAAACGAAUACUAUAAAUACCCCGACGAAUACAAAAUAGACAUGAACUCAAUGAUUACCAGUUAUAAAGCUAACAAGUCGGCGAGUCUCAAAAGUAAUGUAUCUCCGACAUUUCAAAGUCGGGUCACAAUAGAAUCGUUAGAUCCGAGACUAAAAGCGAGAUUAUACAGCGAGUGUAAAUCGGCGCUAACGCCCACCCUUGAACAUAUCGACAAUCUAGCAUCAUCACAAGAAGUGUAUAAUUUUUAUCUGAAGAUAUUGCAAGAUGUGUUGGACAAGUUGGCAACAAUCCAAAAAACACCGGGUUUAAACAGUGAUUUUUACUUGAGACUGAUAUUGCACCAAAAUCAAAGAAACCAGUGGUCUACAUUACAUGACGUAUUAAUAGAAAAGAUUCGACAAGAAAGUGCCAACGACCCAGUGAAGCCAUUAUACAACAUCAUCACAUUACCAAUUAUCACCAAUCACGUUUUCAAACUCCUAGGAACGAAAUUUUUCAAAGGUGAGUUGUUGAUGACGAUCUUCAAUAUGUUAAAGGAGGAUUUCCAUUUGCACACGUUAUGCUGCAACCAACAAGCAUUUAAUGAGGUGUUGAAAACAUGUUGGAUAUACUAUGGCAACAUUGAUCUUUUUGAGUUUGAGAAAAUAUUUACAGAAAUGACCUUUUUAGGCUACGGGGGAGACUACACUACGUAUAAUAUACUAAAAAUUGUUAUCGAAGAGUAUGAUGCCUUACUGAAUGGUAAGUCUGUGUUUAACGAGUCUGGCUCAAAAGUGUUGACAAAGGAGGACAAUAAAAGAAUGAAGUUUUUAGAAAAGGAGUUUCAAAGAUUAAAAAUUAAUCUUGAAAAUAGCUUCAUGCGACACUAG